AUGUGAAUCAGGGCCGCCAUGAACAAGCCCUUGCUCUCUUCCACCACAUGCAAACCUCGCCAUCUCUUGCUCUUGACCCCUUUGUCUUCCCUCUUGUGCUCAAGUCCUGCGCAGCCAUUCACCGCCCGCAACUGGGCACAUCCAUCCACGCCUACGCUAUCAAAUCGGCAUUUCUUUUAAACCCAUUUGUGGCUUGCGCUCUGGUUGACAUGUAUGGUAAAUGUGGCUCUGUCUCUGCAGCUCGCCAACUGUUUGAUGAAAUUCCUCUUAGAAAUGUUGUUGCGUGGAAUGCAAUGAUUUCGAUAUAUACUCACUUUGGACGCGUGAAUGAUGCGUUAGAGUUGUUUGAAUCUAUGGACGUUGUGCCAAAUGAGUCAUCUUUCAAUGCAAUUAUGGCAGGUUUGGUAGGAUUGGAGAAUGGGGCUUUUAGGGCUAUGGUGUUGUACAGGAGAAUGCAAGAAUGUGGAUUGAAGCCAAAUUUAAUUACCCUCCUUGCUUUGUUGCCUGCUUGUGUGGGUGUUGCGGCUUUGAGUUUGAUUAAAGAAGUUCAUUGUUAUGCAAUUAGGAAUGGCAUGGAUCCAAACAUACACAUGAGGGAAAGGGAUGUAGUUGCCUGGAGUAGUUUGAUAUCAGCAUAUGCGCUGCAUGGAGAGGCAAGGACUGCUCUAGAAAUUUUCAGGCAAAUGGAAAUGGCAAGAGUGUGGCCUGAUGACAUUACAUUUCUUGGGGUAUUGAAAGCUUGUAGCCAUGCAGGAUUAGCUGAUGAAGCAUUGUAUUAUUUGGACAGAAUGCAUAAGGAUUACGGCAUGCAAGCAAGUGCUGAUCAUUAUUCAUGUUUAGUUGAUGCCCUGAGUAGAGCGGGGAGGUUGCUUGAGGCCUAUAAAGUCAUCCAAGAAAUGCCAUUGAAGGCUACUGCAAAGACUUGGGGAGCCCUACUUGGAGCAUGUCGAACUUAUGGGGAGGUAGAGCUUGCUGAGAUUGCAGGAAGAGCUUUGUUUGAGAUAGAGCCUAAUAAUGCUGCAAAUUAUGUAUUGCUGGAGAAGAUUUAUGCUAGUCUGGGGAGAUACGAGGAAGCUGAAAGAAUGAGAAGGGAAAUGAAGGAGAGAGGAGUAAAGUCAGCACCUGGAAGUAGUUGGAUCGUUCAUCAAGACUGAAAUAAAGGAUUUUUUUCUUAAUUCCUGUGAAAAUUAUAGUUCUGUUGGACGGAAGUUAAAUAGUUCCCAUCCAUGAACUUGGGCCAAUCAUUUCCCUCAGUGUUUAUGCUCCACAUGCAUCGAUGACAAGCAUGAAAGCAUCCCAAUGUUGAAAGACAUCUGAGGUUAAUUUUAGUGGUGGUGAGUGUUCCAUAUGCAAUUUUGAAGCCAGAUGAUAAUGGAUUUGGUGGCAAAAAAAAGAGAUGCAGCUUAUACCAUUCUAUGCUGCGCCAUAAGUUUGCUUUUUCCUCAAGCUGAGAGAAAAUGGGUUUAUGAUGCAAUACCUCAACAUCAAAUAUUCAUAUGAUUUUAGCAUCUUCAUGGAAUAUUGCUCCACGAGCUGCCCUCCAUUUUUACAGUUUACACCAACAAACCAUACUUGGUUAGAGGUUUGAUGUUAUUCUCCGUCAUUCUGUUCAUUUUUUUUUAUCAGCCCAUCAUUCUCUUCAUUUGAAUUCCGGCAUUGAGAAAAUGCUUUAUUUUUUUUUUCAAGAAAAAAGAAAAAGCAAC